AUGGAUGUGCAAUACGAUACCUGUUCAGCGAAGCCACAAGUUAGCACCAGUUCAGAAAUUGAUUUGAAAGGAAAUCAACAUGAUUUGUUUUCAUUUUCUCAAACUGUUACUCCAUGGUGCCUUCGCAAGGAUGACAAAAAUAAUCCUCAUUGUACAACGAUUAAUCAAGAAGGAUUGUCUUCAGCAACACAACUGACUCAUUUUAUUGCUAACAGUCAACCUACAGACGAAUUGAAACUAUUUGUUAGUUUUGUUCAAAGCCUGCGACGGCAAAAGUAUAAUAAGCCAAAUACGUCUACAUUGAUCAGUGAUCUUGAUAGUGAUUCUAAACAAAAUGAAAACAAUUCCGCAUCUGUAUAUUCACCUCCAGACACUUGGGCAUAUGAUUGUGUCUACAGUGAUUCUGUUACAAAUGUAAUGUUAAAAAAUUCGCACACAAGCAUUAAUUUACUUUCGUUAACUUCUAAUUCAACUGGAUAUCAACAGAUGAAUCCGUUAUGGAAGACAGAAACUGCCGCCUCUAAUGUAUCAUAUAUAUAUCCUAAAUGUAAAGAAUAUUUCGGUUCUCAAAAUAACACUCCUGCUCAUUGGACUAAUACACCACGUUGGUGUAUUCCUCAAUUAGAAGUACGCAUUACAGCGCAUUUAAAUACUAGAAAAAAGUCAUAUCAAAGUUUCACUACAAAUAAUUCAAAUUCAGUCAAUUCAGAAACUACGACUAAUUCUCCAGUCAACCCUCGGUUACGUUUAGUUGUGAUCCUACAUCCACAUUAG